UAUCUAUAAUAAAAACAUUAGUUUUUUCAGUCAAAUUGAAUGCCAAUACAUACUAGUAUUUAAACUGAACUAAAAUAAUAUAACUAUUUUAUGCUAAAAAAUUGUGGCAAAAGUGUAUAUACUUGGUUACCCAAGUGCUUCCAACACGUUCUUUAAAGGAUUUUAUGUGGCCUGUUGGGCCAGACAGUUUAACACAAAAUAUAUUAACAUUUCAAGAUGCUAUUAUAUUGUUUGGUAAUUGAAAAUUAAUAUCUAAAAUGGUAUUGUCAGCAAAACAAAAAGAAGAAUUAAACAAUUCAGUUGCAGAUUAUUUAAUGCAAGCUGGGUACAUGCAAACUCUUGAUAGGUUUAGAGAAGAAGCAAAUAUAGAUAAUGAAAUAGAAAAGAAAUAUGUAAAUCUCCUUGAAAAAAAAUGGACAUCCGUCGUUCGGUUGCAAAGAAAGGUUAUGGAAUUGGAAGCAAGACUUUCAGAAAUGGAAAAAGAGGUUGAAACUGGACCAUCAAAAAAAAAUAGAUCGGUAGAGGAUUGGAUACCACGUGCUCCAGAAAAAUAUACAUUAAGUGGUCAUCGUAGUCCUGUAACAAAAGUUUUAUUUCAUCCUGUUUAUAGUUUAAUGUUGACUUCUUCUGAUGAUGCCACAAUAAAAGUCUGGGAUUAUGAAACUGGAGAUUAUGAAAGAACGUUAAAAGGCCACACAGACGCCGUACAAGAUCUAUCGUUUGAUCAUCCAGGGAAAUAUUUAGCAUCAUGUUCCGCAGAUAUGACUAUCAAAAUAUGGGACUUUCAAACAUAUGAGUGUAUUAAAACACUCCAUGGUCAUGAUCAUAAUAUUUCAUCAGUCUCAUUUAUGCCAUCAGGCGAUUAUAUAGUGUCAGGUUCUCGUGAUAAAACAAUUAAAAUGUGGGAGGUUGCAACAGGGUAUUGUGUAAAAACUUUUACAGGUCAUCGGGAAUGGGUUCGCUGUGUAAAAGUUAGUCAAGAUGGAACUCUCAUCGCCAGUUGCUCUAAUGACCAGACUGUACGCAUUUGGAUAAUAGCAACUGGAGAGUGUAAGCUCGAAUUAUCAGACCAUGAUCAUGUUGUUGAAACAGUUGCUUGGGCGCCACAAAAAAGUGCUCAAUAUAUCAACGAAACAACUGGAAACGAUAAAAAUAAUUUUCACUCUGGUUCAUUUUUGGCAUCAGGUUCGCGUGAUAAAAAGAUAAAAGUCUGGGAUGGAAAUUCUGGUGUAUGUCUUUUCACUCUGGAAGGUCAUGAUAACUGGGUGCGCGAGAUAAUGUUUCAUCCGGGCGGAAAGUUUUUGAUGAGUUGCUCAGACGAUAAAACUCUUCGUACAUGGGAUAUCAAAAAUCAACGUUGCGUUAAAACUUUAGUGGCUCAUGACCAUUUCUGCACAACUUUUGACUUCCAUAACUCAGCGCCAAUUGCUGUUACAGGAAGUGUUGAUUUAACAGCAAAAAUAUGGGAUUGCCGGUGACACGGAAGCAAAUAAACUUUAAACAAUUGUAGAUUUUCCUACAUAAAUGCACACGAAAAGAUAUGUACUACAGCUUGUAUAA